AUGUCGGGGUCCGGCGCCAAAGGGCGCCCAGCCCUCCCCUCCCCGGCGACGGGGCCCGAAGGCCCCUCGGGCGAGCACAACCUGAGCUUCACCACCACGGACCUCAACCUGGUGGAGAUGACAGAGAUCGAGUACACCCAGCUGCAGCACAUCCUCUACUCGCACAUGGAGGCGCAAGCCAACGAAGGGGACAUGGACGCCAGGCUCAAUUCGGCGCUCUUCUCGGCGUGCGAAGCCGCUCCGCACCAGCCCGCGGCGAGCGCCGGGCCGGCCGGCUAUUCCUCCGCCAACCCGGCGGCGUGCCCGGUGGUUUGCCAGUCGGGGUUGGCGCCCGAGAGCGGUGGCACGGGGGCAAACCAGUGCUUGGGUCAUGUGGACUUUCAGGAGCUCCGAAUGAUGCUGCUGAGCGAGUCCAAUCUCCCCGCCAGCCAAGGAGAUAAAACGCCCAACGCUACCUGCGUAGACGUCGCGGGGCACGGUUUAGCGAGGGUGAAGCACGGCGAAAACGUGGCCGGGGCGAACAAAGAAAACGUCCUUCCUGACCGUUCGCCGCCGGCUCCUGAGCCGCGAUCGAAAUCUGCCGUCCGUGUCCGGCUGGAAGACCGGUUCAACAGCAUCCAGGCGGAAAACCCGAGGUGUCAGGAGCCCCAAGAACCUGGAGCGACUCUUAACAAUUUAGUAACGCUGAUUCGUCAGCCGGCGGAGCUGAUGGGCGUUCCUCUUCACCAGCAGCCAAGCAAAUGUACGACGUUGGUGAAAAAUAAGACCACUGCUACAACGACUGCCCUGCAGUUUGCAUAUCCGUUAUUUACCAUGAAUGCGAGUUCUAGUACUGGAAACGUCAACCCUUCACAAAUACAGAGCUCGGGGGCAUCUUGUACUACUGUGGAAGCUGCAAAACACCAAGACCUCGGAUUACCUAGGGCUUUUUCUUUCUGUUAUCAUCAGGAAAUUGAAUCCACUAAACAGACAGUAGGUGCGAGGAAUAAAGCUUUGCCUGAGCAAGUUUGGAUUAAAGUUGGAGAAGAAGCUUUAUGCAAACAAGCAAUAAAUAAAAGAAGUCGCAGUCGGCUACGCCAGUUGGACACAAAUGCAGACCGCAAACCCCUUGGUGAAAUUCAGAAUAUGUGUGAUAGCCAAAAUACUACAUCUGCUCAGGGUAGUUGGCAGGCAGCGCAGUCAAAUUCAAGCGUUCAGGCCCAAAAUGGAACGCAGGGAGGAAUCUCUCAGCGGCGGGAGAGACAUAACCGCAUGGAAAGAGACAGAAGGCGCAGAAUCCGGAUUUGCUGUGAUGAAUUGAAUUUUCUCGUUCCCUUCUGCACUGCUGAUACCGAUAAGGCAACGACUCUACAGUGGACAACAGCAUUUCUGAAGUACAUUCAAGAAAGGCAUGGGGAUUCUCUGAAAAAGGAAUUUGAGACGGUGUUCUGUGGUAAAACAGGCAGAAGACUAAAACUGACAAGACCCGACUCACUAGUAACAUGUCCAAUGCAGGAAAAUGUGCAGAACAGUACAACUGUGGAGAGCAAAUAGUAUCAAUUCCCAGCAUUUUGUGGGAAAGAUGGAUACCUAAUAACUUUGCAUAUUUUUUUCUGUGUUCACAUGCCGGACUUCAUCUCCCGUGGCUAAUUUGAAUUGAUAGUAUUCAAGAGUGACUUGAAAAAUACAGUUUGUAAGAAUACAUAAAUAGAACAUUAAAGAAAAUAUUCUUUAUUCAAAAUGGAAAGAUACCAACAAUAUGUAUUUAUCAGUGCCCUCUUAGAGAGGUGUGGGACCGCAGGCAACAAGGAAAUGUCACGACAGCUACUAAAUAUUUUCCCCAUUAGCUAUCAAAAAAAAUCCAUUAGAUUUUUUUUUUUAAACAUGAUAUAGUUAGAAAGGUUAUGGAACAUCCAUUUUCUUAUUGCAUGUAUUCAGUUAUGAAGGAGCAUUCCUAUUAAAUUAUAAAGAUGCCAUUAUAAUGCUCGUUUUGCUAUUGGAACAGUGAGAAAAUGAAAUGAUUUUUGAUUGCACAAUAAUUACAUAACUUGCACAUGCUAUUGUAUGUACUGGAGAUUAGAUUGCCAAGCAUAUAAAAAUGUAUAUCCCAUAGAAUUAAAAUGCCAUGCAAUGCUAUUUGCAUUGUUAUUUAAAUAUGGCACUGUUUUAAAUAGUUUUGCACAACCUGUCCAACAAGUUCUUGUAUUGUUGCUUUAGUCCAAAAGUGGUAUAUUGUAAACAGCGAAUGAUUUAAAUGCACAAAAUACUUUCAUAUUAAAGACUAGUAAUGGUGCUACUUGUUAAUAAGCUGCAACAUGUAGGACAGAAAUUGAUAUAGUUUGUGCCCUGAAAGUGGAUGAUGCUAACAGGUUUAUAGUACACAAAAGUCACCCCAAAAUAAAUA